GGGAGGGAUAUUGUACGCAGCCUUACCCUUGCAUAUGCAAAGAGGCUGUUUCCGGAUUCGAACCCAUGACCAACAAGUCACCAAGGCACAACUUUACCGCUUUACCGCUUCAUUUCAUGUUAUGGUCAUUUAAACCUCGUUGAAAGUUUUUAAUGGUGAUUUAACCAAUGAAAAAUUAUUAAAAAAAAGAAGUUAUUUAUUGGUUCACCAUAUGCCUGCCAUGUUUUACUCAUUGUAAAUUUUCCAAAAUUAAAAUAUCCUAGUAUACAUGAUGUGUUAUUUGUUUUUCUACUUUCUUUUCAUAAAAGAAGAAUGAUGCAGAACUGCUAUAUCUUAACACCAUAGCUGAAAAUAACCUGGCUAUAGAACUGCUAUUGCAAAGGGAGUUGCAGCCACUAUCUGUGAAAGUUGCGGCCCUUGCGAUUGCUAUUCUUCACAGGCCGGUAUCUCCUAUUUCUGAUAAGCACCCAAACACUUGGGGAACCCUCCCUUAAAAGUUAGCUAUCAAAGGGGGGAGAACCAGACCACUUAGGUACCCCACUGAGCACCCCAUACUACUCAAUGUUGGACAUAGACAUCCGUAAUACCCACAUCCCUAUCAGUGUUGUUAAAUGGCGGCCAUGGCGGCGCCAUGGCGGAGUUGCGUAGCGGAUUUCUGAAAAAAUGCCACCGAAUAGCGGUGGCGUGGCGGGUUGAAGAUGGCGGCGCCAUGGCGGCCGCCAUAGCCAUGGUGGCCAUGGCGGAUAUGGCGGCGAGGCGGAAAAUGGCAGAAUUUGUUUUGUUUUUUUGGUCCGCGGUAGGAGUUGGGCUGACCCGACCCAACCCUACCCGGUAACUUAAUGAAAACCAUGACCCCUCCAAGCUUUCAGAACACAGCUGUUACCCCUCGAAGCUCCAACACACAGCGCGACCUCGGAACCCAUCCACGACCCCUGCAACCAGCCACGACAGCAGCCACACGUGACCCGCUGCACACAGCAGCCAGCAGCGACGACCCACGGCGUGAACGGCGGCAACGAGCAUGGCAGCGACGACCCACAGCGCAAACGGCGGCGACGAGCACGGCGUGAACGACGGCAACGAGCACGGAGGCGAUGACCCAACCCACACGCAAACAUCGCGACUUAUACUGGUGGGCAAAGUUUUUUUUUUUUGCUGCUUGACACCCCUUUUUUUUGUCUGUAGUUUUUUUUUUCCGUUUUUCUAUUUGACACCCUCUUUUUACUUUCGACAGUCCUAUUUUUAAUUUUUUUUUUCUAUUUGACACCACAAUUUUUAUUUUUUUUGUUUAGUCCUCUUUUAAAUGGCUGAACCAUCAUCCGAUGCUGCUACUGCAAGUGCAACGAGGAAAAAUAAGGCAGACCCAGACUGGAAAUAUUGUCAUUCACUAGUGGAAGGAGAUACAAACACCAUUGUUUGUAAUUUCUGUGGAAAAAUCACAAAGGGAGAAAUAACCAGAGCCAAACAACACCUGAUUAGGAAGUCGGGUAACGUUGCAGCUUGCAAGAAAACUCCACCAAAUGUAGUCGAAGAGUUGAAGGAAUAUAUGACUAUAAAAAAAAGUGGGACCACUUACAGUACUUUUGGCAGUGGUAAUAUGACAAAUAUAAGAGAUUUUGAAUUUGGUGAACCAAUUGGAUGUGAUGGAAGUGAAGAAGAUGAGUUUGCAGACUCUUGUAAUGCUGCUGCAAGUGCAAAGACAAAGUGUGGAACUAAAAAAGGACCAAUGGACAAAUUUUGUAAGAAUCCAGAAAAUGCAAUCAAUCGGAGAAAAAUGAAGAUGUUGAGGCAAAUGAACAUUAGAGAGUCAAUGGAUAAGAAUGAAGUAUUGAAGGUACAUCAACAUAUUGCUCGCUUUUGGUAUCAAGCAGGUUUGUCAUUCAAUCUCAUUAAAUUGAAAAGCUUUGAGAAUAUGGUUGCAGCCAUUGGUCAAUAUGGGCCACAUUUGCCCAUUCCUAGCUAUCAUGACAUCAGAGUUCCACUCCUCAAGAAGGAAGUUGAAUAUACUGAAAAUUUGAUGAAAGGUCAUAGGGAGCAAUGGGUCAAGUAUGGUUGUACUAUUAUGUCCGAUGCAUGGACUGAUCGGAAACAAAGAUGCAUCAUUAAUUUUUUGAUUAACUCUCAAGCUGGUACCAUGUUUUUGAAGUCUGUUGAUGACUCUGAUUUUGUAAAGGCAGGUGAAAAGCUUUUUGAGUUGCUUGAUGCCAUUGUGGAGGAAGUUGGAGAAGAGAAUGUUGUUCAAGUUGUAACCGAUAAAAGGAGCAACUAUGUUUUAGCGGGUAAGUUGUUGGAGGAGAAAAGGAAACAUAUUUAUUGGACUCCUUGUGCAGCUCAUUGUAUUGAUUUGAUACUUGAAGAUAUUGGGAAGCUUCCCUUGAUAAUGAAGACAAUUAGAAGGGCAAUUAAUCUAGUUGGGUUUAUCUAUGCCCAUUCUAGUACCUUAAGUUUGCUGAGAAAUUUUACAAACAAGAGGGAAUUGGUGAGACAUGCUAUUACUAGAUUUGCCACUUCUUAUCUAACCUUGAAAAGGCUCCCCAAAGAGAAAGCAAAUAUUAGAAAGAUGUUUACUUCUGAUGAAUGGACCUUGAACAAGCUAUCUAAGGAGCCUAAGGGAAAAGAAGCUGCAAAGGUAGUUCUCAUGCCUUCUUUUUGGAAUAGUGUGGUUUACACUCUUAAAGUCAUGGCUCCACUUGUGAAAGUGCUUCGUCUUGUGGAUGGUGAAAAGAAACCAGCCAUGGGCUAUAUUUAUGAAGCAAUGGACAAGGCAAAAGAAACAAUUAUCAAGUCUUUUAACAACAAUGAAAGCAAGUACAAAGAUGUGUUUGCAAUCAUUGAUAAAAGAUGGAAUUGUCAGCUUCAUAGGCCAUUGCAUGCAGCUGCCCACUUCUUAAAUCCAUUGUUCUUUUAUGACAACACUGACUUGGAGUUUGAUUUUGAGGUCACCAAUGGUUUGUUUGAGUGCAUUAAGAAGUUGAUUCCACAAUUUGAUGUGCAACAGAAAAUUCUAACCGAGUUGCAUCUUUACAAGAUUGGUGCUGAACACUUUGGUUCUGACUUUGCAAUGGCUCAAAGGAAAACUCAUUCUCCUACAUAUUGGUGGCGAAUGUUUGGGUCACAAACUCCAAAUUUGCAAAAGCUAGCUAUUAAAAUUUUAAGUUUGACUUGCAGUGCUUCAGGAUGUGAAAGAAAUUGGAGUGUGUUUGAGCAAAUUCAUUCCAAAAAAAGAAAUAGGGUUGAGCACAAGAGGUUGCAUGAUUUGGUGUUUGUCAAAUACAACCAACAAUUGAAGCAAAGAUAUAAUGCAAGAGAUGAAAUUGAUCCAAUUUCUCUUAAUGAUAUUGAUGUGUGCAAUGAAUGGCUCGUGGGAGAGAUGGAUCAAGAUGAUGAUAAUGAUGCUGGAAAUGAUUUGGUAUUUGAAGAUGACGAUGCUCUAAAUUGGGCAACUGUGUAUCAGGCUUCGGGGGUUGGAGAGUGUAGGAUGUAUACUAGGCGGAAAAAGCAAAAAACAACAAGUGUUGCUGCUGCCCAAACUUCUAAAAAACAGGCAAUGGUUGUUGGAUCUUCAUCAAGGAAGCAAAAAGCAGUCCAAGAAAAUGAUGAAGAUCUAGAUUUUGAGGAGAAUAUUGAUCUUGAAUCUAAAGAAGAAGAAAUCAUGGUCAAUUUUGAGGCGUCUGAUGGGGAAGAGGGAGAGGGAGAUGCUCCAUUACCAUAUGAUAACAACAAAGAUGAUUAUGUUGGGAUUGGAGAAGAUGAUUAGAGCCUCAACCUUCACUUUGCACUUUGCAUUAUAUUUUUAUCAUUUUCUUAUUUUGAACUCUUUAAUGAGUUUAUUUGGUGUUGGUACUUGAUUAUUGUAUGAACUCGUGAAACUUUUUUAGUUUAUUUGAAUGCAAUCCUUUGUUUUUUUUCAAUUUCAAUGAGUUUAUAUAUAUGUAUUUCUUUUUUUGUCCGCCAUGACAUCCGCCAUUUUCCGCUACGCCAUCCGCCAUAUUUUUAUGGCGGAUUUUUUGCUUUCCGCCAUGAACCGCCAUCCGCCAUUAACAACAUUGAUCCCUAUCAUAGCAUUGCCCUUGAGAGCUGAUGUCUUGGUGGCUGCACUCUAUGAUGCUUCAUUCAGCCUUUCUGGUCAGACCCUCUAUAGGUAGCCCUUUUGGAGAUUUGUCACUUUCUUUUAAUAAAAGAAACUUUUAAUUAAGGAAAAAGAGAAAGUACUGUAGAGAAUUUUAAAACAUCCCCCCGAAAGAAACAAGGAAAAUAAUUAUGUUGAGAGAAAACUAAAUAUCUUGAAAAUAUGACAAAAUCCUCUUGAAAAUGACCAUUGGCUGAGUUUUGGGGCUAAGAAAACCACCCGUAUCCCAUAAAAGAGGCAGAAGAUGUUUUGGUUGUGGUUUUAGUUUCUUUUCAAUUUUUUAAUUCUAGCUUAACUCUGGUCUCAAUCCUGUUGCAAAAGGACAGGGUCAGACAAACAAAGAAACUUGGGGUGGCUUAUAUGAUCUAUUUUUGCUCCCAUCUCACCUUCUUGUGCCUUAAGAGGAUUCCUGAUCUAUCCUCUGUUCCCUUUCCUGUCAUACAUUAUUGUUUUAUAAUAAAAAACC